AUGGCUAAUGGCAGUGAGUCUGAGGAGCUGUCUGGCUCUCUUUCCCAGUCAACAGCCAUCUCAACCCAUCUGAAACUAGUGUUACUGGGUUUCAUUAUAUGUGCCAGUCUAGCGGGCAACCUACUGGUUUCACUUCUAGUGCUAAAAGACCGCUCCUUGCACAAGGCUCCUUACUACUUCUUGUUGGAUCUCUGUCUUGCCGAUGCCGUCAGAUCAUCUGCCUGUUUUCCAUUUGUCCUACUCUCCAUCCGUAAUGGUUCAGCCUGGGCCUACAGCUUACUGAGCUGCAAGGUCGUGGCGUUCAUGGCCGUCCUUUUUUGCUUUCACGCCUCAUUCAUGCUUUUCUGCAUCAGUGUGACCCGCUACAUGGCCAUUGCCCAUCACCGGUUCUACUCCAAGAGAAUGACGCUUUGGACGUGCAUUGCAGUUAUCUGCAUGGUCUGGACACUGUCAGUUGCUAUGGCCUUUCCACCGGUCUUUGACGUGGGUACCUACAAAUUCAUCCGUGAAGAGGACCAGUGCAUAUUUGAGCAUCGAUACUUCAAAGCCAACGAUACCCUUGGAUUUAUGCUCAUGCUGGCGGUGCUCAUCGUCGCGACUCAUAUCGUCUAUGCCAAACUACUCCUCUUCGAGUACCGCCAUCGCAAGAUGAAGCCUGUGCAGAUGGUGCCAGCCAUCAGCCAAAACUGGACAUUCCAUGGGCCAGGAGCUACAGGGCAGGCGGCGGCCAACUGGAUUGCUGGAUUUGGAAGGGGGCCAAUGCCACCUACCUUGCUGGGUAUACGUCAAAACACCCACACUGCCAACAGGCGCCUACUGGGGAUGGACGAAUUUAAGAGUGAGAAGAGGUUGGGUCGGAUGUUUUAUGGAAUAACCCUGAGCUUUUUGGUGCUUUGGUCACCCUAUAUUGUGGCCUGUUACUGGAGGGUCUUCGUCAAAACCUGUAGCAUCCCUCAUCGCUACUUGUCCACUGCAGUGUGGAUGACUUUCACUCAGGCAGGGGUUAACCCUAUCAUGUGUUUCCUACUCAAUAAAGACCUGAAAAGCUGUCUUCAGCUCCACAUCCCCUGCUGGAGGACGAAAGCCUUGUUACCCAGGGAGCCUUACUGUGUUAUGUAA